AAAUUUCAAAAUUCCGUUACAGUGAGUGGAGUUUUAUUGGUGUGAAUUUGUAGCCGAAAGGUUACAAAUUUUUCUGAGAGCUGUUUUAAGUAGAUGUUGACCCGAGGUUUAUCAAAAUCAACGUGCAUCGAAUUCUUACCAUGCGUUAUAUAUCUAAACAGGAACAAUUCUGGAUCGCUUGCAGUUUCGGACGUGAAGGAGCUGCUAAGAGGUUGAUCGAAGCUGGUGUGGAUGUUAAUUGGAGGUCCUAUGUGUACGAAUGCUAUCCUAUACAUGUCUGCUCCCAAGGGAAACCUAGUAUUUUACAGAUGGUUAUUCGAGCAGGAGCAGAUGUUAAUGCACUUGAUUCCGCAGGUAAUACAGCUUUGCACCAUGCUGCUAUGUCAGGCAAUGAAAUCAAUACUCAAAUGCUUUUAUCUGCGGGUGUAAAUGUUGAUAUAGUCAAUAAAAAUGGUUGGACACCGUUAUUUAAUGCUAUCUAUUGGAAUCAUCCAUCUAUAGCUGAAAUGCUACUGGCCAAUGGUUCAAGUCCAUUUUUGAAGAAUAAGAAUGGGAGAAUUCCACUACAUGAAUUAUGCCGAACUAAAUCCAAAGAUUCUGUUCGAAUUCUUAAAAAUUUCGAAUUACUUCUUCAAUGUAUGAAUAAAUAUAAACGAGAAGCAUUAGUCAGUAUAACUGAUUGCAAGCCUGAUCCUAUUACUACUACUAAUUCUACUACUAUUGAUGACAAUCUAAAUUUAAAUGAAACUAUAAUAGAUAAUUGUGGAACUUCUAUUGAUUUGGAUAAUAUGAAUUUAAGAGCAUGUUCUCACAAUGACUUGGAUUCAGAAGCUGACUUUACCCCACUUCUAUUUGCCUGCUAUCAUGGACAUUUGGAACUUGUCAAAGCACUGUUGGAUCGUGGCGUUAAUGUCUCCGUCACUGACAAGAAUCACUGGACAGCUUUACAUUGGGCUGCACAACAGUGUCAUGCUGAUAUUGUUGAAGUACUAUUGGAUUAUGGUGCAUCAAUAUAUGCGAAAGAUUUGCGUGGCUGUAUGCCAUAUGCUGUAACAAAUGAUAUAGGUUUACAAGAAUGUCUUUCACCCGAUAUUGACUAUCCAAAUAUUAUAUCCAAUGGACAUGUAACCACUGAUGAAGAAGAUGACGAUGACAAAGACAAUCAUAAUGAUGAUAUUAAUGACAUAGAUAGAAAAGAAGAAGUAUCUAAAAUAAAAUCAAGUACACUUCAAUUACAAUUAUUACAAUCACAUCCACAAAUAAACAUAAAUGAUACAUUGGAUUCAUCUGUGAUAACUAAACAACUUAAUCUAAUGGAAUUAUCUUUAAUUGAAAAUCACAUGGAAAUAUCCACUGCUGAAAUAGCAUCACCUGAAAUUUAUAUUAGCACUGUAUAAUUAUAGGCAAUAAUAAGUGAAAAGAAAACAAAUUCUUUCUUUCUCCCUUAUCCAGAUUGUUUGUAUUGUUGCCUUAAAGAAUGUCAACUUGUUCUCUAUUCUAUUUUUUUUCCAAAAUGGCACUACUCAUGAUUGAAUCAUUGACAAAUUUGUAUUUAUAAUGCAUGUCUUCAACAAUAUCAUAAUGUUUGCAUGUAUAUUUUGUAUUGGAACUGCAUAUUCAAAGAACAUCCUCACAUUAUGAUUUUUAUGAUUAUUAUUAUUGAAUAGUCAUAUUGUGAAUGAUCAUUUAGGAAUUUUAGUGUAAACAGUUAUACUGCUAGGUUUCUUCUCUUUCUCUUUUUUUAACGUAAAUGUAUAGUCUGGUUUAAAGCUUUAAGACUUGUUGUAUCUACGAUGAAGGAGAACAUAUACAAUUGGCAUCAAAUUCAAUGAAUCUAAUAUAAUGUUUACUAAUACUAUUAUAUUUAUAGCUUAUAAGAAGAGAAUACAUCGAUGCAUUACUCCUCUUUUUUUUUCUUUCAUUCUUCCUAAAUCUUUUCUCAAUUUGUCACAUACUUUCUUCACAUGUCCUACAUAUUUUGUUGUUGUUGUUGUUCAUUUUGAUUUAAAACCAUAUUUUAAUUUGACAUUUUGAUGUGAUGAUUUAUUCUCAUGUAUGAUGGAGUAUACAAUUGCCAAGUUUUCACUUUUAUUUAAAGAAGUAAGUGUUCGUUGUAUUGUUAAUUGAUAUGGUUUACUUCGAUUUUCAUAUAUCCUUAAUUGAAAGUAGGUUCUAUGUUUCUUAUGACUGAAGCCAAUUGAAGUUGAAUAGGGUUCCUAGUUUCUAAAUAUACCUUAUUCCUGUUUGUUAGUCGAUGAAUCUAGGUGGUGUCCCAUCAACUAACGUUAAGUUCAACAUCUACUAGG